GUUUGUAUUUUGAGAUCUUUAGUAGGACACACUAACACAUGAUACAGUGUUACAUUAAGCAAAGUUUCUAUGUUACUGUACCAAAUUUUGUAUAAAGAAGAGACUUUUUUACAAAUGUGAUUUGUCAAAAUAGCCACAGGCAGAAGAGGUAUGAUUAUUGUUUUGUUAUACAAGAUGGAAAAUACGGAUGGUAAAUAUGGCAAUAACCGCAAACUUGAAUAAAUCUUUCUGCUUUCAAUUAUAAGUCAAGUGAUAUUUUCAUAGAGAUCGUUCAGCCUAAUUCUGUCAUCAUUUAAUCACUGUCGUGUUGUUUCAAAACUGUAGGACUUUAUUUCUAUGUUCCGUGUUCCAUGGAGGUUAUAAAGUUACAGGAAAACGAUAACAGAAUAUCACGAAAAUUAACCAUUGAUUUAUUGUAGUAAAAGUGUAGAAACCAUGGUUUCCUGGCGCAUUAAUUAACAUUUGUGUAACCACAGUUUUACUACAAAUACCAUGGUUAAACUAGCUAUAGUGUAGCAAAACGUACUGGAUUACUAACGUAACCUCGGUUCCCUGAGAAGACCAGAUUUUCGUUAAGGGUAAAUACAUACAAAAAAAAACGUUUUAUUUAUUUUAUUUUAUUAAUAUUAUUAGGCAUAUUAUUAUUAUUUUUUUUUUUUUUUGCCUUUUCUUGGUGGUAGUUGUAUUCUUGUAUUUACAUGUUUGGUAAAUAAACAAAAAGUUGGCGUCAGUCAAGGAAACUACCGUGACGCUUUCAUCCGUGUUUACUUGAAGUUAAACAAGUGUCGUCAUGUCAGUUCACAAGAACCUUCAAACAGAGUGCUGAAGCCCCGCCUACCACGCUACCGAAACUCCGCCCACCCAUUAACUUUAUUCUAGCUCCGAGACACCUCAGCCAACCACUCAAACAGGUAAAGGUGUGCUGAGCGUUCUGCCUUGAGCCACACACGGGAGCACAGCUGCCAUGGCUGAGUCUCAGCUAGUAUGCAUGGACGAUGAACAUGUCAACGUGAAAAUACCGGAGUCCAAACCGGCGUUUUAUUACAGCGAGGAGCAGCGGGCUGCGCUCGAGCAGCUCUUGAAGAACGGGGAUGGCGCGUUCAAGAUGCGUCUCAAAGAGGAUAAUGUUAAAGACUUUCUCUCCGCGAGGGAAAUCAAAUGGAUUCGGGACACCUUCCAGGAAUAUGACAGCGACUCGGACACCUGCUGCUCACGGUCGCCCCAUGAUACGAGUGAAGACUCAGGUGUGCACUCAACCUACUGGCCGACCAUGUCUGACAUGGAGAUCCCUCCGCUAGACAUCGGUUGGCCCAGCAACGGCCAUUACAAAGGGGUAACUCGGGUGUCGGUUUACACCCACCCACCCAAAUCCAACAGUCCGCAUAUUAAAGAGGUGGUCCGCAGACUCAUUCAAGAAUCCACAAAGUUGGUUGCGGUGGUCAUGGACCUGUUGACGGACCUGCUGAUCCUGCAGGAUCUGUUAGACGCUGCCAGUAAGAGGGGGGUGGCUGUGUACUUGCUGCUGGAGGAGCACGGCUUGCCGCACUUCCUGGACAUGAGCAGCAGGCUGCAGAUUUCUGUGCAGCACCUGAGGAACCUGCGUGUGAGAACUGUGAGAGGCUCUGGCAUGCCUCUGUCCUUUGGUCGUCUGCCUGGAUCGCUGUGCUCCAAGUACAUGUUGGUAGAUGGAGAGAAAGUGAUGUUUGGAUCAUACAGUUUUACGUGGAGUGCCUCUAGGAUGAACCGCAACACAAUCACUGUGAUGUCAGGACAAGUUGUCGACUUCUACGACAAUGACUUCAGAGAGCUGUAUGCUGUGUCUGAUAAGGUGGACCUGUAUCGUGAGUUUCACAUUAGUAAGCCGGCCCUGUCAGUUCCUGUGCUGAAAACGCCAGCGGAACCCAACAAACUCACAGUUCCUGUAUCCAUGUCACGCUUCCAGAUCUCUGUAGGGGACUCCAAACAGAAAGUGCCUGCACAUAAAUACCAUAAUCCUAAGUACUCUUUAGUCGUUGGCAACAGUCUCGGUGUGACUGGCUCCCUGCAGGAUCUUUCUAAGCUGAGAGACUAUGUUGACCAUGCCCCUGUUAAUAACAUGGAAAAAUUAAUGUACACCAAUGGGGACGGUGUACGUCCACAGUCCCCUACAUCCCCAGAUGGGACAGAGGAUGGUAAGAAGCCUUCACUGUUUGGUUCUAAAAAGCAGCGCUCUUCCUUCCGGAAUUUUUUGAAAGGCAGAGCAAACAACCAGAGUCCAGACCCUCUCUCUAAAACAACCCAUCAAAGCACGGAUGUGAAACAGAUCAGUCAGAAAGACACUAAGAUUACCAGCAACUCCAAGGAAGCUUCUUGGUUGGCCGGUCAUAUUAAUGAGCAAGAAGACGUAUCCAAACACGUGACUCCCAAUCCUCGCAAGAUCUCAGAGACUGACAGCACUGGUGAAGUCGAAGACACAUUUGAGACGAUAGAGAAUCCACCACAGGUGAAGUUUAAACUCAAGAAGAACAAAAUGGGCCCAAGGAGUGUUUCUCUUCAGACCAUUGCCACAGACACUGAGGAUGGCCCGAGAGGACGGAGGCGUAACCAGAAGAAGGCCUGUAUUCAGUCCUGAGGCAUCUCUGCAAAAAGGAAUCAACAAGACCGAGUGCUUUUAUAUUAGGAUUUUGGAUACAAGACACAUUUCUAAGAGAAUGUUAACAAUAUAUGCUGUAAAAAAGGGCAUUUGUCUUUAUUAUAUUCAGCUUUGACAAGAUGUGGAUAGUGAUUCUCCCUACAAUAAUAUUGAUUCAGCUGUCAGCUGAAAAACGAAGUAUUGGUUCUGUGUUUUUAAAGGGAAGUGAGGUUGUUUGAACAACCUCCAAAAUGCUGCUGACACUGCGAGGAACUGGCGUCAGAAGAAAAAAAAUGACUGAACUUUAGUGUGCCUUCUGUGAUCAUGUGACCUCCUGCCGGUUACAAAGGUGGACUGCAGAGAGCUUGAAGAUGUAGCAUGUUUCACAUAUUUCCUGUUCAGCAGAUCUUUACCCUGCACAUUGACCCAGGCCUAAUCAGUUGCACUUAUCCAAUCCUCAAGCCUGUGUGGCUCCC